CAAACCUGUACGAACAAAGUAGGAAAGGUGAUGCUUAUAAUCUGUUUUUUUGGAGGGUUCAGAACCAAAGCAACUUAUGUUGACGCUGUAAUUCAGUAGUUAUAUUUUCAAAUAAUAAAUGUGUUGUUGGAUUUUCUGACCAGAACCAGAAUUGGACUCCAUUGUCACAAAUCUGAGGAUGAACCGGAUACAUUUGAUAUUUUUGGCUCUGUGUUUUGCGUGUUGUGGAGCUGAACCUCAGUACUUCAGAUGGUCCAAUGUCUCCACCUGGGACCAGGCAAGACAGCACUGCCAGGUCUGCUACAAAGAGAUGGUGAGCCUGAAUCCUCAAAAUGUCCUCCACCUGAUCCAGAACCUCACCACCGAUUACUGGAUUGGGCUCCGCAAGAACCUCAAUGGCUCAGAUGCCUGGUCUGGCUGGUCCAAUGGUGAACCGAUGUCCUUUCAGAACUGGUACCCAGGGCGACCUGUUCUAUCCAAACCCAAGGUUCCGGUUGUCUAUGUGACGAAUACGUACAAUACAAACAACUUACAACCCACAUGUGGUUGUUGCUGCCCCAAAGAGGACACCACAAACAACAAUACGUUCGGGUUUUAUAAUACUUCCGAUACUACUUCUUUUAGUACACUUCCACCAACGACUAAACUGACGACUAUACCAACGACUAUACCAAUGUCUAGAUUGGUAUCUGAACCAGUGACCAAUGGCACCACUACUGACGAUAAGGUUGUGUACCUUGAGGACCCAUGUGUGUCCAUUGGCAGCUCCGGACUCUGGUUUGAAAAGAACUGCUCUGAACGUUUGUCCUAUAUUUGCUUUGAAGAACGCUUCUAUGGCAAGGCUGAAGUGACCAACAUAACCCUGCAUAACGCUACCCUGACCUGGUUGGCUGGGCCUGGUGACAUCAGUCGCUACCUAGUGAACGUCAGAGGGGAACAAAACUGGACAUUUAACCAAACUGAACUGACCUAUUACUUCACUAACCUGACCCCAGGCGCACUGUACACUGUUCAGGUGUUCCCCAUCAAGUGUGAGAGAGAGCUCAACCCUCAAAAUACAUCAUUCUACACCAAACCUGACGUAGUCAACAACCUCAAUGUUACCACCGUCACAGAAACAGCUGUGUUCUUGUCCUGGAAUCCGCCAUAUGGAAAGUCUGAUCUCUACCAGGUCAGGAUGGGUGAAAUGAAACUCAGUACAAAAACAGAGUUUAAAGAAGUCGGCAAUCUGACACCUGGAGGCUUCUACACGUUUGAGGUCAACGUUGAGGUCAACAACUCCAAAGAGGGAGAUCGGGUGAACAUUUCAGCCUACACCAAACCAAGCACAGUUUUCAAUCUGGAAGCCAUCAAACCAACUUUUAACUCUCUGGUUCUUAAUUGGACACAUCCAGCCGGAAACUAUUCUAAUUACAGGAUCUGUGUGUCGUGGACAAAUUUCACUGGGUACUGUAACACAACCAGCGGUGAUAAUAGCACUUUCAGUGUGAAUAACCUGCCUGCAGGCACCAGUGUGAACAUGAGUGUGGUGGUGCUGGUGCAGGGCAGCACUCUGGAAGGAGACUCCAUCAAUGUAACAGGCUUUACCGCCCCAGGACCCGUGUCUAACAUAAAAAUGCUCACUGAUACAAACUCUAUUAACGCCACCUGGGACUCACCGGAUGGAAACUAUGAGAUUUUCUGUCUCAAUUUAAGAUUGGAAGCCAACGACAUGAACCUUGCUGAUGACCCGUGUCUUUGUAACAUAUCAAGGAACGAUAAAUUGUUUAUAGAAAAUAUAAAGUCUUCUGUCAAUUACAAGCUCUCUAUCCAGACCAAAAAUGGAAACCUAAAAAGCGAAUGGAGGUCCAUUACCAAUUUCACAUUGCCAAAGCCACCACGAAAUGCCGUUGUCAUAUCCAGCAACAACACCAGUGCCAAUCUCACUUGGGAUCCCCCCGUGGAUGCCUCAGGGGCGCUUGUGACCUACAUCAUCAUGUAUUUUGCGGAGUUCUGGAACGAGAGAUAUAAUGAGACGGUUGCUACCAACCUCACGCAUAACAGCUACACGUUUGUCGACCUGAGACCUGGAACCAAUUACAAAUUUUCUAUAUUCACACUUUCUGGAAACCAUACAAGCAACCCUGUGUCCACGUCAGCGACGACAGACCCAAAUAAAAGUUUUUUAUAUCUGGACAUGGAGUGCUCCGCUGCUAUGGUUUCCAAUUGUACGGAUGCGUACCGAAAAAUGGUUGAACAGUUACGUCAACACAUAGAGAACCAUUUCAAAGAAAGUGUUUUUUGGAACCUAGAUGAAAAACCUUUAGAGUAAACACUGUACUGUAUACUGUGCAGGUUUGUUUGUCACAGUCUGUUUUUAUGAAAAAUAUUUGUCUUUAUCAUGUAAUUUCACCGUCAUUUUCAAGAUUCAGAUUUUCUUCAAAAAUUGGACUGACUGAAUGUGAACUUUGUCUAGAAGUGGAAAUAUUUGUUUAUGUACCCCAUAUUUAGGCUAGUCAUGUAUCAAUAAAAAAAAUAAAAACACUUAUCUGUUAUUUGGGGGGGGGGGGGGGGGGCAGAUGGCUGAGUGGUUAGGGAAUCGGGCUAUUAAACAGAAGGUUGCCGGUUCUAUUCCCCGGCCGUGCCAAAUGACGUUGUGUCCUUGGGCAAGGCACUUCACCCUACUUGCCUCGGGGGAAUGUCCCUGUACUUACUGUAAGUCACUCUUGAUAAGAGCGUCUGCUAAAUGACUAAAUGUAAAUGUAUUUGACUUUCUCGUUUUGGUCAUAAAUAUCAAUAUGAAACAACAUGGGAAGGAAGUAGGAUUUACAUGAAAGUAUAGUAUGUUGAGCCAACAAUAUGGACAGUCAGUUAUGAAAUGUAUUUAUGAAAUUAAAAUACAACUUUAAUGCAUUACUGCUGGGUGGAGAGAACUUGACAUUUUGUCAAGUUAACCUGUAAUAAUUUGUAAUGGUGGAAUGGAUAAAACCCAUCCAUGUCAAAAUUGGGUAAAACUAGAAGUAGCACCUGUAAAUGUUCCUUUACAAAAAAAUAUGCUUAUAUACAAGGAUUUUUUUUAUGGGUUGGCAUACAGAACAUUGAUUUUCAUACAUUGUACUCUUCCAUCUACUUCAGUUUGAAUGAAGUGUUAAUCAGAGGUCGAUUUGGUUGUAUCCACAAACUGUGGGCUGGUGUUAAUGUGUUAUCUCAGCAUAUGACUGGGGAGGGAAGUGUGAUCAUUCACUCAUUUCUAUGGGUGUUCCCAAACAUUUACAAGCAAAGACUUUUUAACAGCUGUAUUUGUAGCAACUAAAGUACUUACAUAAUAAGUUAAUCUCUAUUUUAUAAUAAUAAUAAUAAUAAUAAUAAGACUUUAUUUAUAUAGCACAUUUUAUUCAAGAAUUGCAGCUCAAGGUGCUUUACAUAAAAUCAACAAAAACAAUACUACAAGUAAUAAAAGUAAUAAAACCCUUCUGAACACAGGCCGCAGUCUUUGCAGUAUCUCGAGCCACAGUCUUUGUGGUUUCCCAAUAUAAAUAA